GAUGGUGAGUGAUGCAUACGUGCAACCAAGUAUGAGUUGGGAAAGAACAACAAUGUAAGGAAACCCGUAUUCAGUUUCUAGCAACGCUGCAGGAACGACGUACCUAGGUACAUAAAGUGCUGAAAGAAAAAUUCUGAUUCGAAUUUAUUAACUGGAACUCAAAAUGUUUCACUUGCACCCACUAUUCCUGACCUUUACAUUCGUUUGCUAUCCAGCGUUCUUCAUUAAAAAUCAUAUAAAAGUGAUUGCUCUUGCCGCAACGGAUAUCGGCUACCUUGACGCGGUGGAAAAUUCACCUACAACAAAAGCCGAUGCCAGCAACACAGCCGCUGCAGCGCUCGAAAUGGAUAUUUUAAUGCCACCCAUUGAAUUUACGGAAUCUAUUGCAGCCAUAGCAGAUGUCACCGCAGCAACGGCUAACGGAAAGAUGAGUGAUGGCGAUAAGGACGAUAGUACGCGCACACCAAAUUGGUGGCACACCUAUGAUGCUUUGAUGGUAGCGCUUGGCAUGACUGUAAUGUUAGUGUUAAUGGUUUUUAUCACACAUUGCAUCUGGCGGCGGCACAUAGAACGACGCGCCUUGGAGUGGGAAGCUGAAAGCGCCAGAAUCUUCUCUAGCACACCCUGCUUUAUUGAUCGAAGCCAGAUAUUGGUCUACUAGAUUAAAUGAGUUGUAUGACAAAGCUAACUAUAUAUUUUUUAGAAUAGCACUACGUAUGUACCUAACUUAAGGCGUUUGCGAUUGCAUUUUUGCAUCAUUCAAGUUUUGAAUAAAUAAAUAAGUUUUAUUUUGUGUGUAA